AUGACUGAUCCAUUAGACGGAUUGUCGAACUAUCAGUCAUUACCAUCUGAGCAAAUGUUUACGACGAAUGAAGCAACAGCAGCAGCUGCUGCAGCAGCCAGUAUACCGAUCUCGGACUUUCGACGAAAUGAAAUUCGACCGAUUCUGAGUGACGAUGAUCGACAUAAAUCAAUUUAUCAUCAGCCCAGUUUGACAAAAUAUAGUUCAGCAGAACGACGGAAAAAACGUCAUCAUCGUUCACAUGUAUCCGGAGAAUCUUUCGAUGCAGCGUCGAAAUCAGUCACGAGUAUUGAAACUAAUGAGUCAUGCGAAAUUGAUAAUCCAAGUGCACGUAUUCAAUUUCUACUCGGUGAUGACGAUCAAGAAGAGGAUGACGAAGAACAUAAACCACAUGAUUUAUUUAUUGAGUUAAAUGAAUUGACUCUUGGUAAUGACAAACCCAAUGAAUCAGGCGAAAUUAUUGAACAAGGCUGGAAAGAAACAGCAAGAUGGGUCAAAUUCGAAGAAGAUGUCGAAACUGGUGGGCGAUGGAGCAAACCCUAUGUUGCUACUCUAUCCUUACAUUCAUUACUCGAAUUACGAAAUUGUAUUUUCAGCGGAAGUGUGAUACUCGAUAUGCAAGCUGAUCAAUUACCGAUAAUCAUUGAUAUGAUUCUUGAUGAUAUGAUUGCUAAUAAAACCCUAUUAUCCGACAAACGACUUGCUACACGUAAUGCUCUUCUUCUGAAACAUAUUCAUCAGCAUGAAAAAGAAUUUCAUCGCCAUUUAAAUACGCAAGAAAGCAAGAAACCAUUGCCGUUUACUCGUUCAUUAGCUGAAUUAACAAAGAGUCGUUCACAGAAGGAUGUCACAUCGAUGGGGACCGACCCGGCGAUGUCAACAGGAGGAAAUCCUAAUCAAACACCCACUCACAAACCUCCUAAUAAUACGUCUGCAGAGAAAUUUCUUACGGUUGGCAGUGGUGAUCUAUCAAAAGUCCGUGCUAAUGAAAAUGAUGAAAGUGGAACUAAUUUGAUCACGCCGGAGUCUCGUGCUAAAAUCAAUACGGGCUUUUUGAAAAAAGUUCCACCGAACGCUGAAGCGACGAAUGUUUUAAUCGGUGCUGUGGAUUUUCUUCAAACACCUGUCUAUGCCUUUAUCCGUCUGAAGAAAGGUGUCAUCGUACCUGAUUUGUUGGAAAUACCUGUCCCGGUGCGAUUUCUUUUUAUUUUACUUGGACCUAACAUUGAACACUUACGUUACCAUGAGAUCGGACGAUCCAUCGGCACGUUAAUGUCAGAUGAAAUCUUUCAUGAUGUCGCGUAUAGAGCACGAAAUCGACAGGAUUUACUUGCGGGUAUUGAUGAUUUCCUUGAUCAUGUCACUGUGUUACCACCUGGUGAAUGGGAUCCCAAAACACGUAUUGAACCACCGAAAAGUGUUCCGAAAAAGGAAGAACGAUUGGAAAGAAAUAAAAUGAAUGGUGUUACACAACCGACUGACAUCGAGCAUACUGAACAUGAAUUCGAUCCGUCAUUGACACGAACAGGACGAUUUUGUGGUGGUUUAAUUGAUGAUAUUAAACGAAAAGCACCAUUUUAUUUGUCAGAUUUGACUGAUGCGUUUUCAUUUCAAUCGCUUGCAGCGAUUAUAUUUCUUUAUUUUGCCUGUCUAUCGCCAAUUAUUACGUUUGGUGGCCUCUUGAGUAAAGCAACUGAUAAUAACAUGGCUGCUAUCGAAAGUCUGCUAUCAGGUGCAAUAUGCGGUUGUUUAUAUCAUUUGUUUGCUGGUCAACCUUUGACAAUAUUAGGCAGUACCGGUCCUGUACUCGUGUUCGAAACGAUUGUUAAUCAUUUUUGCAAAAAUCAUGGAUUUGAUUACAUGAACUUUCGGUGUUGGAUUGGUUUAUGGACCGCAUUCAUCCUAAUAAUUAUGGUCGUUACCGAUGCAAGCUAUCUGGUAAAAUACAUCACUAGAUUUACUGAGGAAAGUUUUGCUGCGCUGAUUGGUAUUAUCUUCAUCUAUGAAGCAUUUGAUAAAAUGAUUGAGAUCAACCAUGCACGACCCGUACGAUUGCACACAGUUCAUUCACUUCCACCGGAUUGUUCUUGUUCGCUGUCAAAGUACGCAGAGCCGAACACAACGAUAACAAUCAGCGAUUGUUUCAGAAACAAGUCCUAUGAAUUUAGUGGUCCAAAUUGUAAUCUCAACAAAGGCGAACCUUAUAUUCCGGAUGUAUUCUUGUUCUCAAUAAUUCUUUUCCUUUCAACGUUUGUUUUGGCUUAUACAUUGAAGAAUUUCAAAUUCAGUCGAUUUCUAUCGCUGACGAUUCGGACAAAAGUGAGCGAUUUCGGUGUUGUAUUAGCAAUUUUCAUCAAUGUCCUAAUUGACUAUCUGAUUGGUCUUGACACACCCAAGUUGCUUGUGCCGAGAAAAUUCGAGACGACAAAAGUAGGUCGCGGCUGGAUCAUUAAUCCGUUUCGAAAGAAUCCUCCGUAUAUGUAUGCUGCUGCUCUAUUGCCUGCAUUAUUAGCAACAAUACUUAUCUUUAUGGAUCAACAAAUCUCAGCUGUCAUUGUCAAUCGAAAAGAAAACAAACUGAAAAAAGGAUGCGGUUAUCAUCUUGAUCUCUUAAUUGUUGCACUUUGUAUUGCGAUUAAUUCGAUCCUCGGUCUUCCGUGGUUCGUUGCUGCCACAGUUUUGUCUAUCAAUCAUGUCAUUGCUCUUAAACUCGAAUCUGAAACAGCUGCACCUGGAGAGAAAGCGAAAUUUCUCGGUGUUCGCGAGCAGCGUGUCACUGGCUUUAUCGUCUUUCUCUUCAUUGGCUUAUCCGUAUUUCUAACCAAGUUCCUCAGCCUUAUUCCAAUGCCAGUUCUCUACGGAGUCUUCCUUUACAUGGGCAUAUCAUCGAUGAAGGAAAUUCAGUUAAUAUCACGAAUUCUCUUGAUGUUUAUGCCGGAGAAAUAUCAGCCCGAUUAUGUUUAUCUUCGACAUGUUCGCACGCGCCGUGUCCAUCUAUUUACGAUUAUUCAAUUAACAUGUUUAAUUUCGUUAUGGAUCAUCAAGUCAAUCAAAAGUAUUUCAAUCUUAUUUCCAAUCAUGGUUUUAGCUUUAGUUGGCGCACGAAAAGCAAUGGAUUACGUGUUUACUAAACGCGAGUUACAAUCAUUGGAUGAUCUCAUGCCUGAAACCGUUAAGAAGGAAAUUGAAGAGCGAAGAAACAGCGCUCUACCCGAAGCACUCAAUGAAGCAGAUCAACCAAAGGAAACCAUAAAAUUUGAUAGCAGUGAACUACGCAUCUCCAUCGGCGAUGGAAAAGUCGUUAAAGUUCCAACAGAAAAUGUUCAAAUCAAUCCAUCGACAGGUGUGAUUAACUUUUCCGAAGAAGUUGGUAAAACAUCCUUGUGGAAAUCAAUUUCAAAAUCUUCUAAUCACGACAAACAUUCGCGCACUUCAGGAAUCAAAAACAAAAUUCGUAAAUUGAGUUUGAGUUUCCUCAGUCCUGACGAAGACCGAAGUUUAGUCUCAACAGGCAAUACACAAUUGCCGUCGAUUGUCAUCGAACAAAUCGAACCGUCAGCAUCUAACAGUGCUCAACAAAGUCGAAGAACUACAUCACUGUUGUCAAGUGAAGAGGAUAUGAAUACUCCUGACCAGACAAAAUACGAGUCGAAUGCAAAUGUUGAUCAACAACGGUUUGACGAUCAACUACAGCAACAAUUGAUUCAACAUCAGACAAGUCGCAAACGAGAGAGAGAUUAUGCAAGAAUAUUCCGUGAAUACAAUACACCUGCUCAAUGGUAUCAAGCAUCUCCAUUACCACGAUCGAUUUAUUUCUACGAUCCACAGUAUCAAAGAUAUCUUCGACAACAGUCAGGAUUACCGAUGAAUAGCCCGCGGGCUUACUCACCAAGGCAUGUUGCUAGUCGAUCGCCAUCUCGUGCAAAACCUUCAAAAGCUCACUCGCCGUCCAGACGAUCCCAUUCAUCUCGCGUACGAAUGCAACCGUCGGUAUUGCCACCGAUAACAACUGCGAAACAAGUCAAAGACGAGUAA